AUGUCCAAGCUCCAAGCGUCAAGCGUGCGAUCGUCCGUCAAGACCCUCGUGUCUCAGUCCAGCCUCGAGACCCACAAGGAGGCUGGCGGCAAGAAGAGGAACUUUAUCGAGACGAUCGAGCUCCAGAUUGGCCUCAAGAACUACGACCCCCAGCGUGACAAGCGUUUCUCCGGCACUGUCAAGCUUCCCCACGUCCCCCGUCCCCGUAUGCAGCUCUGCAUUCUCGCCGACGCUGCCGACGUCGACAGGGCGAAGCAGCUUGACGAGGAGCUCCCCUUCAUGACCGUGGAGGACUUGAAGAAGCUGAACAAGAACAAGAAGCUCGUCAAGAAGCUCGCCCAGAAGUACGACGCCUUCCUUGCCUCCGAGGCCCUCAUCAAGCAGAUCCCUCGUCUGCUCGGCCCCGGUCUGUCCAAGGCCGGCAAGUUCCCCACCCCGGUGUCCCACUCCGAGGACCUUGCCCGCAAGGUCAACGAGGUCCGCUCCACCAUCAAGUUCCAGCUCAAGAAGGUGCUCUGCCUCGGUGUCGCCGUCGGCCACGUCAACAUGGAGGAGGACCAGAUUGUCGCCAACACCAUGUUGUCGAUCAACUUCUUGAUCUCUCUUCUUAAGAAGCAGUGGCAAAACGUCGGGUCGCUCCACAUCAAGUCGACCAUGGGCAAGCCCCAGCGUCUGUACUAG